AAGCCCUCGCUCCCCCACCCCGUAAUUAUCAAAUACAAAAUAUCACCAGAUUAUCUGAGGUUGAUUUAUGCAAUACCAAAUGAAUAGAGGUGAGAAAAAUUAGGAAAGAUAUUUUGGGAAGUUCACUCUGAAAAAAUACUAAAAAGAGGUAAAAAAGAAAGUCUGCUGCUUAUUGGAUGUCUCUUCUGUAAUGCGUGAGCUGUACAUCCAAUAAUUUGGUAUGGGACACUCGUCCCUCAAUUUUUUGCUAAUAUCUUUUUCUUUUUCUUUCUCCUUGUCUUCCUUGCUGGCUUUUGAUUUCCAUUUUGGCAGUGCCAUCUAAGCUAUUCUGAUGAGGAGGUGUGUCUCCAGGUUUCCUAAUUGGCAUUUGGGUUUUAGAAAUCCCAAUUCUCCUCUUGUUGAAUGUGAAGUUGGCUCCUAUUCUCAAGGUUUAAGUAGUAGUAGUAGUAGUAGUAGUCAUCUAGAUGGACUAGUUCCAAGGGCAUAUACAACUUCUAAUGUUAACUUGUCUGAUCCACCAAACAGUAAUCCUGUUUCUGAUAUGUUAAUUGAUUCAUUUGGAAGAAUGCACAAUUACUUGAGGAUCUCCUUAACGGAACGUUGCAAUUUACGCUGUCACUACUGUAUGCCUGCUGAGGGAGUGGAGCUCACUCCUAACUCUCAGCUGCUCUCAGUCAACGAAAUUGUUCGUUUGGCCAAUCUUUUUGUUGGCUCCGGAGUGAAUAAAAUUCGGUUGACUGGUGGUGAGCCGACAGUAAGGAAGGAUAUUGAAGAGAUAUGCUUAGAGCUAUCUAGUUUACAAGGACUCAAGACACUGGCCAUGACUACCAAUGGAAUUGCUCUUGCUAGAAAACUCCCAAAGCUGAAACAAAAUGGGCUUACUUCCUUAAAUAUUAGCUUAGAUACGUUGGUCCCUGCUAAAUUUGAAUUUAUGACCAGGAGGAAAGGGUAUGAGAGAGUUAUGCAGUCCAUUGAUGCUGCUGUAGACUGCGGGUACAAUCCCGUAAAAGUGAAUUGUGUAGUAAUGCGCGGAUUCAAUGAUGACGAGAUCUGUGAUUUCGUAGAGUUGACACGUGACAGGCCGAUCAAUAUCAGGUUCAUUGAGUUCAUGCCUUUUGAUGGAAAUGUCUGGAACGUCAAGAAACUUGUUCCUUACUCAGAAAUGUUGGAUACAGUGGCAAAGAAGUUCCCAGGUGUAAAGCGACUUCAGGAUCACCCAACGGAAACAGCAAAAAAUUUCGAAAUAGAUGGCCAUCUUGGUACUGUUUCUUUUAUCACAUCAAUGUCCGAGCAUUUUUGUGCUGGUUGCAAUAGAUUGCGACUUUUAGCUGAUGGCAACUUUAAAGUUUGUCUCUUUGGACCUUCAGAGGUCAGCUUAAGAGAUCCCCUUCGCUCUGGUGCUGAUGAAGACGAGCUUAGGGAAAUAAUUGGAGCAGCGGUCAAGAAGAAGAAAGCUUCACAUGCCGGAAUGUUUGACCUUGCAAAAACAGCAAAUAGACCUAUGAUACAUAUUGGUGGCUAACACUUGGUUACAUAUGGAAAAAUUGAUGACGCUCUUGAUUUCUGUCAUUCAAAUAAUGCAACUGUAUCUAUACGGAGAAUUUCUUGCUGCUAACUAUAGCAAUGGGAGAUGUGUGAUCUCGACCACUCAUAAACUAGUAUUUGUUUGUGUUCGAUUGAAGGUCCGGCAGCAAUACACUUGAAAGAGCAUCAAGCUUUUGUUGUAAGAAUAAUACGCGGCUUUUUAUGCAAUGUUUGUAUUUCUUU